AUGAGAAUGAUUCAGGUUUCUACUUCUUUUUGGGGAGGGGGAUUCUCAAACAUUUUUGAUAUACUUCAAUUUAUCAGACUGAGCCUCAAAAUUUACUUUAGAAUGGUACUAUGUUUCCCUUUAAAACGGUACUUUGGCCAUACAGAAACCGACAUUGAACCCAGAACUUUCAUCCAUCUUGUGCGACACGGAGAGGCAUACCACAAUUUAGGACACUUCAAUGGAAAAAUCAAUCCCAAAUCUUACGAUAUUCGAGAUCCCUACCUUACCUUUAGAGGUAUCGAACAAGCCAAAUCUACUAGAGAGCAGAUGACAAAACGUUGUCCUGUUCCCAAUCUCGUCCUCACAUCCCCUCUAAUUCGCACUCUCGAGACUACACUCCACAUUUUCCCUUGCAAUGAGGAUGUCAGUAUCAAUUCACAACCUCAAAUUGUCGCCUAUGAUGAUUUAAGGGAGAGCGGAGCAUACUUAUGCAAUGUUCGCCAAACAAUUACUGAUUUAGCCAACAAUUAUGAGCACAAAGGCGUGGAUUUUACUGCUCUAUCACCUGUUGUUCCCCCAAUGAAAAGUGUUAUUCGUACGAAACAGCGUGCGGAAAUUGUUCGGAAGCAAAUCUUGGUUAUUUCAAAGCUUAUCAAAGAGGGAGGUGGGCUUUGGAAGGGGGUUUAUAUACAGGGUACUGGACAGAAUAUUGGACCGCGUAUGCAGACGAAACAGGAUACACAUAUUGUUGUCGUCUCUCAUGGGUCUUUCAUGGAGUAUUUGCUACCGCUCUCUCACAAAAUCCAGCCAGUUUGGCAAAGAUUUAGGCCAGCGGAGAUGAGGACAUAUGUGAUGGAUGAGGGUGGUCAUUUAGACGAGAUAGUAGAGUCUAAAAGAGCUAGAAGUACUACUAUUUUGCGAAAGGUUAGCUUGAUUCUCACUAGCUUUUCAGAUUGA